AGGUAAAAACAUAAAAAAACACCAAUAUAAAACCAAAACAAAAUUGUUUUCUACAACAUUAUAGGUAAUUGGAAAAAUGGCGUCUACACAACAAAAACAGUGCAACACUGUAUAGAAGACGUGCACCUACCCCGCCUAGCCUAAGAUACUCACAUAGGCACAAAUAAUUUACAUCAAGUUAUAUCGAUUGAUAAAUAUAUUUAAAUUUUUAAAGUGAUAUAUUAAUUGGUAUUUUUUGUCGAGUGGAAUAUAGUUAUAAUUUAAUAAUUACAAAUGGCAUUAUAUCGUAUCGAAACGUCGAAAUAUUUUUAUUGUUUACUUUUGAUUAUUACGCGGGUCACGGUACGUGCCGUAUUGCCCGUAUUGUGUUUGUGUGUUAGUGUGUAUAUUGUACGACGUACGUUUGGAGGUUUGAUGAGCGGUGGGAGGGGCCUAUGAACCUUAUCCAAAAUCGCGUGAUCGUACCUCCACCACUACUAACCAUAGUUCAGUCGUUCAAGUCGUGUCGUAUGGUCUUUGGUCAUUGGUCGUCCCGCGUCCGUCUAAGCGUUCCACGUGUGAUAACGCCCGGUAUUUGCGAAUAAUAUUGCGAUACCUCCCCGUGCCUUGUUCCGUUGCUUUUUUGUUUUAUAGUAGUUACAGCAGUAUUACUCGAGUUUAUCUUCUACAGCCAACGAUUGAUCAUAUAAUUAUUGAAAAUUAACUAUCAAUCGAAUCAUUUGCACGGAACACACCACUUGCUCGACCGCCGAUUGUUUUGUUUAUCGUUUGGUCGGCCGGUUUUGUGCGACUCCGUCGUUUUCGUUUUCGGUCCGAAUUACACAUGUACAACGAACGCGGUGGAAUGGCUCCCGUAGACGUGACGCUCAGCGAGAAGCACUCUGACCGUUUUCAGCUGAUCAAUUAUUCAAAACUCGAGUCCGCAAUACCGGUAUACAAAUAUAAAUGUCUGCGCACUGGCAUUACCGUCGUUUUCGGUGACAUAGAGGGACCGCUGGUCCAAGGAUAUUUCACUCUGGCUACUGAAGCUCAUGAUGGUGAUGGCAUUCCACAUACACUAGAACAUUUAAUAUUUUUAGGUUCUGAAGAUUAUCCUUUUAAAGGAGUUCUUGAUUUACUGGCUAAUCGUUGCCUUGCAUCUGGUACAAAUGCUUGGACUGAUGUUGAUCAUACUUGCUAUACUAUUAGUACAGCUGGUAGUGAAGGUUUUCUAUCACUUCUUCCAGUCUAUCUUGACCAUAUAUUAUACCCUACAAUCAAAGAAUGCGGUUUUGUUACUGAAGUCCACCAUAUAACUUAUGAAGCAGAGGAUGCUGGUGUUGUGUACUGUGAAAUGCAAGGCAGGGAAAAUACUGGAGAAAGUAUUGUAUCAAGAAAUAUGUUGGAAAAUCUGUACCCGGGUAAUUGUGGUUAUAAAUCUGAAACUGGAGGUAUAAUGAAAAACCUUAGGGAAUCUACUACUAAUAAUAAGAUUCGUAAAUAUCAUCAUGCGUUUUAUCGUCCUGAAAACUUAUUACUUCUUAUUAGUGGAAAGAUAGAUCAUUCUUCUGUUUUUGAUGUUUUAGAGCCAUUCAUUCAAAAGAUUUUAUCAAAGGGUAAUCGAGGAGAUUAUGUCAGGCCUUGGCAAAAUCCGGUAGAUCCAUUAACUAUAUCUUCAAAUAAUGCUGUGCUUUUUCCUUCUGAUGAAGAAACCAAUGGCAUAAUAAGUGUUGGCUUUAGAGGCCCAAAUUGUUUAAAAGAUUAUAUUGCAUGCCAAUUAUUAUUGAAAUACUUGACGGAUACUCCAAUAAGUCCUUUACCUAAAGAAAUGGUUGAAAUUGAAGAUCCUUUCUGUACUGAUGUGUCUUUUGAUAUGACUUCUCACAAUGAACCUUCUAUAACCAUUAAUUUUGAAAAUGUUCCUAUUGAAAAAAUGGAAGCUGAAAUAAUACCUUCAAAAUUGGAUGAAGUAUUGUAUAAACUUUUGAUCGAUGAUAGUUAUCUUGACUUAACAAGGUUAAGAACAUUUAUUAAGAGAAAUCAACUACAUAUAUUGAGCUAUUUAGAUAAUUACCCACAUGAAAAAUUAUCUUCAAUAAUUAUAGAAGAUUUUUUGUAUGGAAAAACUUCUGCUGAUCUGGAACAGAAAUUAAAUAAAAUGAGCUUAUUAAAACAACUGGACAAUGAAGAGAUAAUGUUUUGGAAAGGAAUAUUGGAAAAGUAUUUUAUUAAUGGUAAUAGAGUAAUUGUAAGAGGAAUACCGUCUAUAAAAAAGCAAGAGGAGCUUGCUAAUGAAGAAAAAGAAAGAGUACAGGAGCGACAAAAAACAUUAGGAGAAGAGGGUUUGAAAAAAAAGGCAGUUGAAUUAUUAAAUGCCAAAGUUGAAUGUGAGACAAAACCACCCAAAGAUCUUUUAACAUCACUAAAAAUUCCUAAUAUUGAAUGCAUACAGUUCUAUUCAUUUAAUACCUUCUCAACAAAUUCUAUAAAUCAACAUGAUUCAUUUAAAAUAACUAAUGCACCUAUAUACAUGGAAGUAGAUAAUAUUAAAAGUAACUUUGUCUAUAUGUACACUUUUAUUAAUACUAAAGAUUUACCCAUGAACCUACGAAUGUAUUUACCAAUUAUGGUUGAUUUGUUAAUGAAAAGUACAGUCAUUUGCGAUGGUAUUAAAAUUCAUCAUACCGAUAUUAUUGCUGAAUUAGAAAAAGAUAUUAUGUGUUGGAACUCUGAAAUAGGGACGUCAUCAUCAUCUCACUUUUUAUGUGGAACUUUUUCUUCUGUUAUUUCAUUAUUCUUUCAAUUAGAACCAGAGAAAUAUGAUAAAGGCAUCAAGUGGCUGCAUAACUUUUUAUUCAAUACAGAAAUAACAAAAGAAAAAUUUUCAAUUAAUUUAACAAAAAUAAUUAAUGAAGUUUCAAGUUAUCGAAGAGAUGGUAAUCAUAUGUUAAGAGAUAUAUUACGUAAUGUAAUCUACAAUAAUAAUAGCAACCACUAUGCGUGCAGUACAUUGAGACAGCAUAAAUUCUUGUCAAAUUUACAAAACAAAAUAGAAUCUGAUGAAGGGUGGUCAUCUGUUACUGAUGAUUUGAAUAAUAUAAAAAUGAUUUUAGCCAAUCCGGAUAGUAUAAAAAUGCAUUUAUCUGCUGAUUUAGAUAAAUUGUGUGAAAUUAAACCGGAUGCAUCUGCACUAUUAGAAAAACUGCUUCCACCAAAUGUUAAAAAUUCAGCAAAAUCAUUUGAAACUGUUUUUGACUAUGAAUAUAUUUUGCCCAAUAAUCAAUGUACUAUACGAGCUUGUGCUGUUGGUAUGGGUGCUAUUGAGUCGAGUUAUUUCAUACAAGUAGUAGAUUGUAUCAACGAUUUUAAUCAUCCCGAUAUGCCAGCUUUAUUAGUAUUUUUGCAAUAUUUUACACAAUUAGAAGGGCCAAUGUGGAAAAAUAUCCGUGGACUUGGUCAUGCAUAUUCAUACAGCAUUACUCCAAGACCCAAUGAAGGAUUACUGUUGCUACAUUUCUAUCGUUCAGUCAACGUACCUGCCGCAUAUAAAGAAACUAAAAAUAUAAUGGAGUCUCAUUUAAUCAAUGGCGCAGUUUGGGACAUGACACUAUUUGAAUCGGCAAAAUGUUCUAUUAUCUUUGAAAUUGCAGAAAGAGAAAAGUCAAUAGGCGACUUAAUUACACAAUCUGUAUUGUUUCAUUUUAGAAAUUUGUCUCCUAAUUAUAAUCGAAAUCUUAUUAAGAGAAUAUCGGAAGUAACACUUGAGGAUCUCCCACUAAUUGGGAAUAAGUAUGUGAUGCCAUUAUUUAAUCCAACAUGUACAAGAACAGCAAUGGUCUGCCCGCCAUCUAAAUUAGAUGAUGUUGCUAGUGAAUUCAAAAAAAUGGAUAUUGACAUGACCAUUUACAAAUCAUUGGAAGACAGUAUUCUCAAUGAUGCUGCUUAAAUAUUUAAAUAAUUUUUUUUUAUUAAUUUUAUUUCUUUCAAUUUUAUAUUAUAUUUUCAGUAUAACCGUUAUAUUUUUAACCGACUUAUAAGCUAUCAUUGUUGUAUUUACACCACCGUAUUUUUAUAAGUUUAUAUUAUAUUAUAACCCUUCAAUUAUUUGCAUGUUAAUUAAAUUC